CUGUCACUUCCGGGUAGCGGUGUCGGAAAAACAAACAUGAAGCAGAAACUCAGGACAGUUGAGAAGCGGGAAGCCACACGGUACAAACACCACACUCCCGCGGCCUUCCAGCACGUGGAUCGCGUCGAGAUCUUCGCGCGGCAUCCUAAGAACAACCUAUAAACUAACUUGCAAGACAUCAGCUUACACAGAAGACCUUCUUUAUACCAAAAUCGAGCGAGGAUUUUCAGAACAACACAAUUUUCGUCUGCUAGGAGGCCAUUUUUCACCAGGAUUCAAAGUGAUCUCCGGGUUGACCGAGGAGGAGAGCCGCUGCCGGAGGUUUCCCUGACGACCCUGGCGGAAGUCAAGAAACAGCACCGCAUACCUGGCAUGCCUGGACCUACCUAUCGCAUCCCGUAGCCUUGCCCCUCCCACUAACAACACACCUCCCCAUGCGCACCAAUAGUGUGGAUGUAAUGAGAGUGAGUGGAGAAAGCCCCAGGCCUCCAGGUUCAGUCAUGUGUGCUGGAGUGUGGAGAGGGAGCCUGCCUGCAGUAUGGGGAUGCUGAAACUGUAUCUGCAGCAAGAGGAAACAAACCCCUUCCCAAACAGGACCGGGCGUAACGCCUGGCCUGGUUCAGUACAGUGUAUCUCCGUGUAAAUCACCUGAGCCGUUGAGAGCUCUGCAGUCGGCAACAUCAGUGGCAGAGCAGCACUGAUGCAGCAUGGCUGGAAGUGCCUGCUGUACAAGACACUGCACCAGGAUGAAGUUCCUAUGCACCCUGCGAUCACCACAGAGAGACCUCUCUCUCCUGGUCCUGGCUGUGACAGUGUUCUCCCUGUAUCUCACCUACACCAUGGAUUCACAAGUUUCCAAAGAGGAGGCAUUGCUACCAAGCAGGAAGGGCCGAAAGGUUGGACUUGGCCUUCAGGGCAACGCGUGGAUCAACUCGGUGCAGAGGAACAUUCUAGAAGGGAUGGAGCAAGAGGGAGCAAAAGUACCGCAAACUCCUGUCUUGUCUGAACUAAGUCCACUCCAGAGAAAACUGGUGGAGCUGGAGAAGAAAACCCUGGAAAGAUUCACCAACCACGACAGGGUCGUGGUCAUCAGAGGUCACCCCAAGGUCAUUGCCAGAGAUCUGUCUUUGUACGAACAAGCAUUCCACAAACAUGGCUUCUACGUCAGGCUGCCUGCAGGUUUCAGGUCCAACAUUACUGGCUUCUCCAACUAUUCCUCCAGUUAUGAAGAUGUACAAUUGUUUGAAGCGACUGUGGAACAGUCCCAGGAUGCCCUGCAGCAGUCCCACCAUGCAUUGCUGGAGGGGGAGAAGGAAGGGUGGAUGGUGCUCUUGUGUAUGACUUUCACAGAUGGAGACUCUGGUGAAGGCAUGUGUCUUCACAAGGCCACAUAUGGGCACCUCAAACCACAUCAGAAGGUGAACAGAAUCCCAGGUGUGAGGACGACUCUGUGGAGGAAGGACGGGUUCUGCCACACCAUGUCAGCAGCCAGGAAGAUCCCAGCCCUGCGGAGAAGCCCCCUGGCGCCCAUGUGCUGGGUCAUGCCCCUGGAGUUUGAGCAGUUCCUGAGCGUGGCUGACGCUGUGGGAGGGGAGGCCAAGUGGGUCUUCAAGUCCAUCAACCCCGGAGGAAACAUCUACAUCCUACAGCCCACCAAGGACAGGGACUAUGCCAGGAUCAAACAAUACAGGACGAGGAAAGCAGUAGUCCAGCAGUACUUCCCCAACCCUCUGCUGAUAUUUGGGAUGCCGGUCAGCAUCCGUGCGUACGUGUUGGUGACCUCUGUCUCUCCCCUCCGUGCCUUCCUGCACUCCGAGGGGCUGGUCAACUACAGACAUGACUACCAGAGGAGCUUUAGAAAGGUCCCCAGCAGAAUCUGGUACUUUGGUCAGCUGCGUCAGUACCUGUCCCAUAACCACGGUGCCGAGGCAGCGGAGGUGGCCUUCAGGAACAUGCAGUCUGUCAUCACACAGACCCUACUGGUGUCCGAGUCAGCUCUGGCCGCACACUUUGGGGGGUACUCCGCUAAUCCUAUGGAGGGACUCUACAAAUGCAAGAACUGUUUUCAGCUCCUGGGGUUUGAUCUCAUUUACAACUCAUCUCUCUACCCAAUGGUGUUAGAGGUCAAUGGGCAGCCUCACAUGCAGGUCUCUCUGAAUGAGUUUGAGAAUGAAACCACUAUAGCACCUCAGGACGAGGGUUGGGCCAGUAACUCCAUCAAGCAGGACGCAGCUGAGGACAUGGUGGGGAUGCUGUUCUCAGAGCAGCUGGUUGCCAUGGAAGUAGCCGACGCCCUGGAGGAACUGGAGCUGAAUGUUGGGAUACUGGGUGUGAACUGCCUGCCCUCCCAUGAGUUCUGCCUGACAGAGGAAGACUUGGAGUACAUCCUGGACACCAGGAGGGAGACGGUCAACAGGGGCAGCUUCAUGCAGCUGUAUCCUUCUCCAGACAGCGAGAAGUAUGCCAUCCUUCUGAAGGACCUGAGCAGGUUUGCUGGUGUGGACAUGUCGGCACCCAAACCUCUACGUGCCGGCAACCAGAAAAUCAAGGACAUCCUGGACAACUCCGUACGCCACAACACUCCCAUCAUGCACAGGCUGGUGUCGGCGCUAGAGCAGGUGUACGCAUCGCGGGAAAUCGAGCGCCACAGGUUCGCCGAGCUGUCACCUGAAGAGGAGGAAGAUGAGGAGGAGGAUGUGGUGGGUCUACAGCACCAGUCCCACAGACUCAUCCACAACGCUUUCCAGGAUGUUCCCCUUGAUGAGAAGUACCAGAGACCGGAGUGUAAUGAUGACAAAGCCACUAUGCCGUACCUGUCUGGGGUCUUCACGGAGCCGAGGCUGGAGUUUUCGCCGUCGUUCAGCCCGCUUGUCGCGGAGUACCACGUGACGGUCCCGUACGACACGCUCCUCAUCAAGGUGUGGGCCUUCGCCACCAGCUGUGACGCUGAGGCCAGGCUGGAGGAGAAGGAUGGACUGGCCAGACCUGCCAACUACAGCCUCGGUCUGGGCGAGAACAGGAUCAACUUCCUGGUGGUGGACCUGACCCACACGGAACCCUGGGUAAUCAACACCUACACCCUCCACGUCUACCGCGAGCGCCACACCGACACGGAGCCCGCCUUUCACCCCCGCGUGCCACACCAGGUGUGCACAAUGACACAGGACUGUGACAUGCGAGUUUUCCCAACAGAGCCAUGUGGGCUCCAGCCAAUCAGAGACCAGACCUGGGAUAAGUACAUGUCCCAGCAUGCAUUGCUGCCACCCUGCCAGAGAGGAGAUGAGCCAGGACGCUGGGUGAUGCCGUGUGCGGAGUGUGGAGACAGGAGCUCGUGCCACUGGAGCAUGGCGGAGUGGCACCCCGGGCAGUGCAGACACGAGGUCAUGAGCAGGGACAAGCUGCAGCAGUGUCUUACAGGGAAGAAGGUACUGUUCAUCGGAGACUCUACCAACAGAGGCAUGAUGUACUACCUGAUGGAGCAGGUGAACGGAACUCUGACGGAGUGGGACAAAACUCACAACAUCAAGGUCUACGACAACCUGAACAACAACAGGACCUCCGUCAGCUUCGCCUACUACCCGCAGUUCUGGCUGCAGGCCAAUCACAGGCCGGUGUUUGACAAGGCGCUGUACCAGCUGAUGAGAAGGUCGUUGCCCCUGACUAACAGUUCUGACACCAUCCUGGUGGUGGGCGGGGUACACUGGCUGGCCACGCAUCAUCUCAACGUGGUCAAACACUCACUGGAGAAGGAGGGUCUGACAGGUGUGAGGGUCAUCAUGAAGAGUCUGGGGUCGGGCUUCCACCUUCCUGUGGACGGCAUCCACUGUCUCUCACAGCAAGAGCAACACAAGCUACUGAUGCACAACGCAGGCCUGAGCGACUUUGCAAGGCAGCUGGGGUUUGAUGUGGUGGAAACCUUCAACGUCACUUUGCCAAGAUACAAGGACUUCCUACAAGGAAAAUGUGCCUGCCACUUUCACAAGGUCAGACAGGUAAGAGGAGAGCACACAGCAACAAACAUCACAAAAAGGGAGACCCUCCCCCCUCACAGACAGUAUACCGACCCGGGUGGUGAGGAGGAGGAUAUGUACGGACCAGUCCAUUACCAUGUGGAGGGGGACAUCAAUGCCCUGUAUUCAGAGAUACUCCUUAACAGAAUAUGCGAGCCUCCCAGAUGAUAGAGUUACGGGUGAGAAAUAAAGGUAUUAUGUAUGGCAGGAUCAUGGGAAAAGCUUCUGAAACUAUUGGAAGUUUUGUCCAUGUGUGGUCGGUGCAUAUUGGAGCUUGCUAAAGGCAAGAAAGCUUUGGCUACCAUAUGCAAAGCAUUACCCUUGCAAAAUGCAGUGCAUUCCACUUAUAUAACAUUACCUGUACUUAUGUAUAUAUGAAAUACAGAACAAUCGUGUACAGAGGCUGUUAUCUGAAUUAUAUUAAGUCACAUAACUUGUAUAUACAAGGUAUAGAAAGCGAUAAUAUAUUUAUGUUGCCUUAAAUCUAUCCUGAAGUUAUUUUUAAGUAGGUAACGUUACAUGUAGCAAGAGGAAGGCCUUUGUAUGUUUAAAAGCUCAGGGACAUCAUUUAAUCAACAAUGCCUUCAGUGUUUCAUACAUUACUAGUUGGUCAAGAGGUUAUCUUUUACACAGGUGUGUGCGGAAAGUACUCUACUACACACUAUUGUGCUCUACAUGUUCGCCAUGUUCAAGCAAAAAAAUGUUACUUUUAGGCCACACCAAUUUAAUUUCUUGGUUAACGGAUUUUUCUAGAAAAAAGGUGUGAGCGG